UAUCGAUCGAUUUUGCUUUACAUUUUGCAUUGCCUGCGCUGCGCACUAAUACAACUAGCGAGCCGGCCGGGCCGUCUUUAUUUCUUUCCAGUAGCUUUUCAUUGCAUAGUAAUGCUAGGUGGUACCUAACCUGCCUAAUUCAUAGAAAAUUUAAAAUUAAAACAAAGUCAAUUGAAGACCAAUAAAAUUGUACUUACAUUUUUUUGUAAAAGCAUAACAAAAUGUCUUUCGUAGUGCUGUGCUCUUUUGCCUUAGCUUUUUACGUCGUCAUUUGGUUCUUUGAUUCAUUCUUCAAGAGCUGUAUGCACUACCCAUAUUAUACAUUCUUAGAAGGAACUGGACUGAAAGUCGGGAUAUUGAAUUUUUCAUGGACCACAACAGCCUUCAAUCGGUUUAUUUAUCGUUGGAGCAAAAACCUAUCGCGCAUUCUUAAAAAGUGGUUUACUUGUGGAUACCUGUUUACUGUUUGGAUCUUCCUACCAUUCGCAUUGUGGACUUUAUUAUCAUUUAUAUAUGAACAUUUUUACGAAACCAUCCAGUUGAAUAGUGUUCCAGAAGUGAAGGCCAUUCUGCCGGGGGUAAACAUACCAACGUCUGAUUUCUGGGUGUACUUCCUUGCUAUUGGACUGAGCAGUAUAUUUCAUGAGCUCGGGCAUGCAAUGGCAGCUGCACAAGAAGAUGUACAGUUACUUGCAAUUGGAGUAUAUGUGUUUACAAUCAUUCCUGUUGCAUUUGUGCACCUCAAUACAGAUCAUUUAAAUAAUUUGGCUAUCACCAAAAGACUGAGAAUAUACUGUGCUGGAGUAUGGCAUAAUGUUGUUGUGGCGUUUAUAGCUCUACUCAUGUUUUUCUCAGCUCCUAUUUUGUUCAGCAUAGCAUAUGAGAGUGAAGUCGGAGUGAGAGUAACAGGUUUUACUGAUGACUCUCCAUUGAAAGAUCUCAGAGGGUUAGAAAUGGAGGAUAUUAUUACUUCUGUGAAUGGAUGUGAGGUAAAGUGUGCCAGUGAUUGGUCAUACUGCUUACACUUGGCCCAUGAAAGAUUUGGGAUAUGUACUAGCGCAGAAUUUAUUGCCCAAAAUGAUGAGAUCUUGAUGGAGACUGUUAAGGAAAAUGAUGUGGUAGAGUGUUGUCCGAAAGACAAUUUAUUUAGUUUCUGUUUUGAAUACAUGGAGCCCAAAGUUGGGGGAGAUUCAGUGUUACCCGGACAGUACUCAUGUCUAAAGCCUCGAGAUAUGAUUAAGAAAAAAAUCAGCAAAUGUAGUGAUGCAGGUGGUUAUUCAUGUCCUAGAGGGACCCAUUGCAUGAAACCUUCAUUGAAUAAUGUCACAUAUUUACUAGUAAUUGAGAGGAAGAAGAAAAAUCCUGUACUUUAUUUAGGACUGCCAUAUGAUUUGUACAAAACAGUUUUUAUAGACCAAUACUUUCCAAGAAUAAAACUGUUUUCAUUGUUCUCUCCUACUCAAUUUGAGAAACUUUUGAGGUAUAUUUUUAUAUUCUCAAUGGGUAUAGGCUUUUUAAACACUUUACCUUGUUAUGGGACUGAUGGUCAUCACAUAGCAAGGAACAUUAUCCAGAUCAUAGCAAAAUGUUUGAACAGAAAUGGUGACUUCAUAACGUUUUUCACAGUAUUUACAGUAGUGGUGGGGACGGGGGUUACAGGACCUGUGUUGAUAUAUUUAUUCUACAAAUCUGUCUCAGAAAAUUGAAACUUAAUAGCCACUUUUGUAUCAACAUAGUAAAUGUAUGUUCAAACAAAUAUUAUACCCACCAGUGCAGUAAUAUGUGAUUGACUAUAUGAUCAUUAGUAAUUUAAUUUGAUUACCACAUAAUAGUUUGUGUUUAAGGAGCAAUUUAACUUAUUAUAGGGUACUGAUUUGUAUAUUUUUGACAUUCAAACUAUUUAUUUAAGAAAUUAAUUCUUAGUUGAUAAUUAACAAAUUUGUGAUAUAGGGUUUGUGACCUAAAAAUGGAUUUUGUAAUAUGUAGUAAUCAUUACAGUAAAAUAAUUAGCUUAUAGUAAAAUAAUAUUUAUUUCUACAAAUGUAUUAGCUAUUUUGAAAAUGUUAUUUCAAUAUAGCAUGUCACUUUAAUUCCUUUCAAGCAGUGAGUAAUUACAGAGUCUUGUGUACGGCAUUUUACUGUACUUAAUUUGUAAACAGGUUUUUUUAAAGUCAUAUUAUUUCUGAACAACCAAUUGUGACCAAAUAGUGUCUAAAAUGUGUGUGAGAGAGGCCUAUGUUAACAGUAGUGCAUCUUGACUGAGAUUAUGAUACAUGUUUUUAUGUUUUAGUAGAUAGGUUGUUUUUAUUGUAAAAUAAAAAAGUUUAAUAUAUUUA